CACUCUUUCACCACCAUCCUCUAUGGCUCUCAUCUCAAAAUUCCUUUCUUUCUUAAUCUUCACAACCCUUUCAAUUUCUCAAAUUCAGGCUAGAGAAAGUCAAUUCUUCAGCAAAGUCACCCAUGUCAACAAUUUCAAAGAGAGUGAGGUUCCCAACAAUGAAGAACCAUUAAACAAACAAGAACAACAACCAGUUUUCAUACCAGAAACUGAAAACAGUUAUGGCUUAUAUGGUCAUGAAUCUGGUCUACACCCCCCUACCACCACUAACACAAAUAAUGUUGAUUCCUACACCCCCACCACCAAAACUUACAAAUCAUAUCAAACUUCAUCAGAAGAUGAAGCCUUUAAAUACCCCAACAAUGUUAACAAUUACUAUAGCUACCCAAAGGAAUCUCAUAACACCAAAUACCCAAAUGAAAUCAGUGACACCAACAACAACAACAAUUACUACUACAACAACAACAAUAAGGAUUCUUAUGUUGGUAACCAAAAUGAACUUAGCAACAAAAAGUUCACAGAAGAAGGAUACAAGAACAUGGAAAAUCAGAACAACAACAACAAUAACAAGUAUUACAGCUACAACAACAAUGCUGCUGAAAAGGAAAAAUACUACUUCAAAAGUAAUGCUGUUAAUAACAAUGGUGAGAGGCAAGGUAUGAGUGAUACAAGAGUUAUGGAAGGUGGAAAAUACUUUUAUGAUGUUAACUCUGAGAAAUACAAUCCAACAUUCAAUGGAGGUUCAUCUAAAGGAGUAGUGAACUCUGAGAAUUGGUACAACAACAAAGGUUACUUUGGUAACAACAAUAAUGGAAACACCUUUGAUAAUAACAAGAACUCUAUGGAUGGUUAUCAGAACCAGGAGGAGUUUGAAGAUGAUCAACAAGAGUUUGAGCCUUGAGAUUGAAUUGAAGCAUUAACAAAGUGAAGAAGAGUUCAUUAUCUUUUUUGAGUUUUGGAUGUGGCUGUUCAAUGUUUCCAUUCUCUUUAAGCUGUUUUAUGGUGCAACAGUUUUCAGAACCGUUAAAUUUAAUGAAUUUUUUCAUUAAAUUUAAUAGUCCUUAAUGAUAUUGCACCAUAUAACAGUCGUAGAGAAUUUAGGUCCGAUUGUUUAAUGUUUUAAUGUGCGUUAGAUUAAAAAUCACAAAAAGGUUUAAAGAUAGGAUAAGUUAUGGAAAGUUUUAAUGUUUUAUUUUAUUUACUUGGUUGGUGAUAUUCCUGUUAAAUGUUGCUACUUAUGAAAUUGCACAGUCUAUGUUAUGAUUUGGAAAUACUGCAUCAAGUAUGAAAGAUUUAUAUUUUGAGCUUAAAGUUAUCAAGAAGUUUGUAUAAUUAUUAUUGUGAA